UGUAACAUGGGGCAUAAUUUCGGAGCGAAACCUCUUGCAAAUUAUGUCGCGGGAUUGAGAGGCGAUCGUGUCGGGGACGUCAGGCGGAGUUCGCACUUGUACAUGACAUAAUUCGCGAUAUUAUCGUUGUCGGUGAAGUGCUUGGCAAACAUCGGGAUUAAACGGGAGCAUGUGGGUAUUUGGUUAUGGCUCUCUGAUAUGGAAAGCAGAUUUUCCGUACGAGAAGAAGCUCGUCGGCCACAUCAAGGGGUACGUCAGGCGCUUUUACCAAAAAAGUACUGACCACAGAGGGGUGCCCACUAAGCCUGGACGCGUAGUAACGCUGCUUGCCUCUACAAAUCCCAACGACGAGGUAUGGGGAGUCGCGUACAAGAUAUCCUCGGAAAACAUAGAUAACGUAGUCAAUCAUUUGGAUUUUCGGGAGAAGGGAGGGUACAAGAAGAAAACGGUACUCUUCUAUCCCCGCGACCUGACCAAGUUCGUGCAGAGCGGCUCGAACGCCAAUGUCGCUCUGAAUGAUCUCUCGAGGACGAGCCUCUCGACGGCGUCUUUGUCGAACACCUCGGACGAGGCGCCAUUCUACCUCACUAUCUACAUAGGCGAAGAAGAUAAUCCAAAUUACGCCGGCAUAGAAAAUCUGGACACUAUCGCGAGCCACAUACUCGUUUCGCGUGGUAUGAGCGGCUCCAACACGGAAUAUCUCUACAAGCUGGCAUCCGCAAUGCGUACGAUAGCCCCCGGCGUGCAGGACGAACAUCUGUUUGCACUGGAGAGAGCCGUCAAACAAUUAGAGGAGGAAAGGGAGGAGGUAUUGGAAUUGGAUCAAUUUUCCUGAAACGCGAUAGAUGUAAUAGGAAAACGUAGCCAAUUGCAUCAUCGAUCGAUACUGACUGCAGUUACUUAAUUUUUUGCCCCUAGUUGGACUGCAGUCAAGAGUGUGUAAAAGAGCCGUGAAAGCUUUUAUCGUUGCGGGGGCGACUCUGAUUACACAGAUCGCGAUUGGUGCAAUUGGUGCAAGAAAUAAAAAAACGAAAUAUCCUUGCACAAAGUAAUGAUAAAAAACAUUUGUAAUAUUUCCAUACAAUUACAAGCAAGUGAUCAACGACGAAAAAUAAAUCUUAUUUAUCAAUAAAAUAAAUCAUAUUUUUGCAUAA